ACAAGAUACCGGACAAGGCCACGAGAUAAGGUGGAGCUGCCGGUUGGGAUAUAAGGCGACUCUGAGCAGCAGCUCAGCAUCGUCUUGCUCACGAACCACAGAGAAACAUGCACGGGCUCAUCCUCGCUCUUCUCGUGGGUGUCGCUGCGGCGGCCCCAUACAUGUAUGAGGACCACAUCGUGGGUGGCUAUGAGUGCGCUGCCCACUCGCAGCCGUGGCAGGUGUCCCUCAACAUCGGAUACCACUUCUGCGGAGGCUCCCUGAUCAACAGCGAGUGGGUCGUGUCUGCCGCUCACUGCUACCAGACCGCGUCCCGCAUCUCCGUGCGCAUCGGCGAGCACAACAUCUUCGUGACCGAGGGCACCGAGCAGAGGAUCCAGGCCUCCAAGGCGAUCCAGCACCCGCAGUACAACUCCUGGAACAUCGACAACGACAUCAUGCUCAUCAAGCUGUCCUCGCCCGCCACCCUCAACCAGUACGCGCAGCCCAUCGCGCUGCCCUCCUCCUGCGUCAACACCGGAGUCAUGUGCACCAUCUCCGGCUGGGGCGAGACCCAGACCAGCGUCGGCAGUCCCGACGUCCUCAUGUGCGUCCAGGCGCCCGUGCUGAGCGACACCUCCUGCAGGAACUCCUACCCCGGUGACAUCACCAACAACAUGAUCUGCCUGGGAUACCUGGAGGGCGGCAAGGACUCCUGCCAGGGAGACUCCGGCGGCCCCGUCGCGUGCAAUGGCGAGCUGCAGGGCAUCGUGUCCUGGGGCCGUGGUUGCGCCCUGCCCAACUACCCCGGCGUGUACACCAAGGUGUGCAACUACAACGCCUGGAUCGCGCAGACCAUCGCGGCCAACUAAGCGUGGAUCUGGCACACUACUCUACACCGCGACCAUAAUAAUGAUCAUGACGACGAUUGUUAUGGUGUAACAAAAUGAAUAAAAAUGUGAACCAAUAAUUUA